AUGUUUGGCGUACUAGCAUCAAAAGUAAGCCAAUUUAUAUCAAAACUUAAUUUUUCCGUGUUACAGAAACUCCUAAUCGUAUCGUGCCUAGUGGCGCUCGCGGCGGCGGACGUGUCGCACCUCAAGCAGGCCGGCGGCGAGGCCGGCGCCCAGAUCCUGAGGCAGGAGUCCGACAUCAGCCCCGAGGGCAACUUCCAGUACGCGUACGAGACCGACAACGGCAUUCAGGGGCAGGCGCAGGGACAGCUUAAAGGCGCUGGUGUAAGUAAUCUAUUUAAGCUGCCUCGCGAGGUGUUGCCUCGUUCGAGUUGCCUCGUGCGAGUUGCCUCGUGCGAGUUGCCUCGUUUGAGAUGCCUCUAUCAGUGCCUAGUGGCGCUCGCGGCGGCGGACGUGUCGCACCUCAAGCAGGCCGGCGGCGAGGCCGACGCCCAGAUCCUGAGACAGGAGUCCGACAUCAGCCCCGAGGGCAACUUCCAGUACGCGUACGAGACUGACAACGGCAUUCAGGGGCAGGCGCAGGGACAGCUUAAAGGCGCUGGUGAGGACGUCGCCUUGGAGAUUCAGGGUGAGAACGGCUGGAAGACCCCCGAGGGCGAGCAGGUGCAGCUCCAGUACGUCGCCAACGAGAACGGCUACCAGCCUCAGGGCUCUCACCUCCCUACCCCUCCCCCGAUCCCGGAGGCCAUCCUCCGCGCCCUCGAGUACAUCAGGGCGCACCCCCCACCACCAGAAAACUAAGUUAACAACAAAGUGAAGUGACCGCGUCUCUCUUACAGCGAGGUUGCCUCGCGAGGCAAUUGUGCGGAGACCGAACGAGGCAACAGCUUAAGCAACCUGAACGAACCGCCUUACGUUUUGACAGUUAAAAAUCACUUUAACUUUUAAAAGCUUGUAUGUCCGUAUGAUAUGAAUACU